ACCCCAAACAGAACAGAGUGUGGAGUGUUUAUCUCAUCUAUAAACUAGAGUUUUACCUGAGGAUUAAAUAUGUGAGAACUUUUAAAAGAUUAUUAUUAAUUUUAUUAUUAUUAAUAUCACUGUAUCAGAGUUUAGACUGAGAGAUGUGUCGCUGCAGUGCAGUUAUAAAAACUCUGAUUUUCCUCAUAUUUUAUCUUCAUCUUUCAUCAGCAGUCACACACACUCUGCAGUACGUCUACACUGGAGUUACAGGAAUAAAUUUCCCAGAGUUCACUGCUGUGGGUCAGGUGGACGGACAGCAGUUUGACUACUACGACUGUAACAUCAAAAGAGACAUACCGAAGACGGAGUGGAUACAGAAGAAUGUGGGAGACGAUUACUGGAGCAGAGAGACACAGAACAGGCACCGUGCUCAGGAGGUCUUCAAAGUCCGCGUGGGUACAGCAAUGCAGCGUUUUAAUCAGACUAAAAGAGUUCAUACAGUCCAGUGGAUGCUCGGCUGUGAGCUGGAUGAUGACAGCACCACUAGAGGAUACAGCCAGGACGGUUAUGAUGGAGAAGAUUUCAUUAGCUUUGAUCUGGAGACUCUGACCUGGAUUGCUCCGACACCUCAGGCUCUGAUCACCAAGAACAAAUGGGAUCAUAAUAGUGGAUGGAAAAAUCAACUGAAGAACUACCUGGAGAACACCUGUAUCGACUGGAUAAAAAAGUAUGUGUCUUAUGGCAGAGAGACUCUGGAGAGGAAAGUUCGUCCCGAGGUGUUAGUGUUCCAGAAACACUCUCCUUCUCCAGAGGUGGUGUGUCACGCUACAGGUUUCUUCCCCAAAGCAGUGAUGAUCACCUGGCAGAAGGACGGAGAGGACGUGCAUGAGGACGUGGAGCUCAGAGAGACGUUACACAACCAGGAUGGAAGCUUCCAGAUAAGAAGCAUUCUGAAAGUCCCAGCUGAGGAGCUGCAGAAACACACCUACACCUGCGUGGUUCAGCACAUCAGCUUGGAGAAGGACUUAGUGCUGCCUGUGAACGAGCGCCGAAUCCCGAAAGGUGGAGGAUCGAUUGCUAUCAUCACUGCUGUAGUCGCGGCUCUCUGUGUCCUCAACAGUAUUGUUUUUGUUGGAAUUGUGGUCUGGAAACAAAAAGUGAGAAAGGAGGCAGAUGUGAAAAAAGGGCUUUUUAUUUCAGACAAAUAAGAGAACUCUGAAAACCCUUUUAGUGUAAGGAUAACUUCCCCUCUUGUUAAAUACAGUAAACAGAUUUUUUUUCUAGUUUUGUAUUUAAUUUAUGUGUAUGUUCUUGCAGUGAUGUUCUGUUCUCACUCACUGACUCAGCCUUAUAGAAUCUUAAUUUUGGGGAAAACCAGGUUUAAGAGUGAUCAUGUCAUAGUAAUGUCACUUUCCAUUCUUUCUCUGGAAUCUCUGUUACUUACAGCUAUGAUACAUGUACAUCAGAUUAAACAUGUUGAUUUCAACAUUAUGAACAGAACUUUUACAUUGAUUUAAUUUACAUUAUAAUUCUGUAUACAGUCCCACAUGCUUUAUAUAAGAUGAUUUCCUGUAGAGUUUAAUAGAGAUGUUGAGGACACACAUUACUGAGACAUAUUACAUUACCCAGAUUAUUGAAUUUAAACACAGUGAGAUUGUCCUCAGUAUCUGUGUGUGUGUGUGUGUGUGUGUGUGUGUGUGGAUCUGAUCUGUGUGUCUAAAACAGAACCUGGGUUCUUCAGAUGUGAGAGGUGUUGAAGAGAUAAAGUGACUAAAGUGUAAAAGAACAGGAGUGAACACAGCAGAAGCAGGAGUUCAUGCUAAUCCUACCCCUAGUAGGAUUAGCCUUUAAGAGGAUUAGCCUCUUGUGUGCUUACCCUUAUGUGUGAUUAGGCUCUUAUGUGUUUCCUCUCUUGUAUGUUUAGUU